CUAUGAGUGAAUAUUCUUGUGGUUACUCGUUUUGACAACGGCCUCAACAUUACCCAUCAGCAUACUUGUACGAACACUUAAAACAAGGAGCCAGGUAGAAUUAACUAGAAAAUAAAUAUUUAUACAGAUGAUGGUGCUUCCAAUUGGUAGUGACAAGAGCCACUAAAUAUAUCAAAGUUGAUGGAGGAAUGCUGCAGAACCUGGUCAGAAAGAUUUUGAUGAAAUUCUAUUCAAUUUUGUAAAAACAAGUGUACAUUGAUGGUUCUGAGGAAAAUAUUAAGUCCAAUCAGGAAGGGGGUGACAGCACUGUGGCGUAACUUGAUGAAAUUUAAGCACUUUGUCUCUCCAUUUUGUUCAAGAUUCAAACAGAUCAUCAUGAAUUUGAAGGAUAUUCGUAUGAAGAUAGCCUUCUACUACUUGGGACAUCUGUCCAAUGUGAUGCUAUCAGUUGCCCUUGGACUUGGCCUGUACACGGAAUGGGUGAACUCCGAAAACAUGGCCAUUCUGCUCAUGGCUCUAUGUGGACUGCUCGUUUUUGGCUUGUCCUGCACACUCCAGUAUUACUUAAACAAGGUGACCCUGGGUCAGUCCCUGCUGCACCUGUGGCUGGGCUGUAUUCUGGGAGUUAUUAUCUUCACAGAUGAGCAGGAGUACCGAUAUGAAACACUAGAAGAAUCCAUGGACAUACUUCUUGUCUCUAGUGCAGCAUUCAGCAUCUUCUGGGCUGUGUGCGAGAGGAUUACACAUACAAAAAAAGUAGAAGCAUCUUUAUUCUCAACAAUGCAGGCUUUAGAGUGUUCAGGUUUAAUUGUUGCCUCUCUGGUAGUUGGCACUAUUGACUCUAUUGUGAUAUCAUUAUGUGUAAUAGCAUUCCUUUUUAACUUAACAGCUAUCAGAUUAAAAUCAUUGCUAUCAUUAUUUUCAUUUGCAAUAUUUAUGUUACUAGUUACUUUUAUGAUAUUACCUAGUUUACCUGUGAAAGCAAACAUGUAUGGACUGAUAUGUUUUGCUGGAAGAAAUAGUUUCGAACCAAUAAUAGAUCUCUAUUUUUCUGGGUUUACAACACUGGAACGCUGGCAGGCAUUUUUCUCUAAAUCUGGAAUAUUAAGAAAAAUAACCGUGAUACUUAUUUUCUUUAUAAACUUGACAUUUGCUGGUCUAACCGGUCAUCAGUCUACAGGCCACAAGGAGUGGUUUGUAGUUGUACCGCUGUAUGUUGGUUUUGUGCUUCUGUGGCUGUGUUUUCAUGUCAUCUUCCUUAUCACAUCCUGGAUUCUGAUGAACAAAGUCUCUGAGUGCAACCUGACUUUCCUCAGCCUGUCUGACAACCACCGCAGCAUGACACGCAUCAUGGCCUCCAAGGGUCUCCGCCACUUUGGUCUCAUCUCACAGCGCCUAACCCUGCUGGCCCUGGUAACAUCACUGCUAUUGUUUGGUGUUGGCUGGGAGACAAGGACAGCCUACAGUGUGGGCCUGUUCCUUGUCGUGUUGCCUCUGGAGAUGGCCUCACUGUCACUGUUCCGGGAGCUGGGAGACAACCUGGGGGGAACAUGCAUUGGCUACGCUCUUGUGGCACCUAAUACUGGCAACAGAACCAAUGGGAGCGUCAAGCUGUUAUCUAGCUCUGGUGUUGAGGACAUUGGUACCCGUGCUAUGACCACUUUGAACAAGAUGCAGCAGUUUUUCAGUCGCAACAUGAUAGACAAUUAUGGAUGUGACUUCAUGUCGAGUGGUGUGUCGGAGGAAUAUCUGCGCUCUAAGGUGUGUCAGUUCUUCACAAGGAAGACAAGUGACGGGCCCCGAUACGACACGUACAUGCUCUACUACAGCGGUGACUGCCUAGAGACCGGAGACUGGGCUCUCACGGAUAAUUGUAGUGUAAAACUGGAAACCUUGCUUGAGUGGUGGUCUGAGAAGAAUGCUGACUCUGGUUCCCGUCUGAUUCUGGUGUGUGACACACUGCACUCAUGGUGCUGGGCACAGCAAGUGUCACGCCUCGACCAAUAUGUGGCCAUCCAGGUGUGGCGCUAUCGCCGGUCACCGGACCCAGAGCUGGGACAAAACGUUGGGGCAUUUACAGACGACUGGGUGCGGUUCAACAUGGAUGAGGAGCUGGACGUGCCAUGGACGGACAAAGAGAGGAACAUUCAGGCGGUUUACAAGGUGUCAACCACAUGGACGGACUUCUCAUUUCAUCUCCCGACCAGGGAGGACAUGGAGUCUCACUGGAACAGCAAUUUUCCCGCAUUCACGAAGCCUCUGAUACGUAGUUUGAGUGUUUUCCAAUAUUCACGCCUGUGUUGCUGUUGUGAGGGGGUUAGGAACUGUCUACGAAGGAAGCGCAUGCAAUGGCUCCCACCUAAAGUGGCGGACACCGGUCAUGGCUUCAAACUGGUGCGCUCUUAGAAGUCUUGUGAUUAUAUUUAUUAAUGGUUUCUUUUUUUAUCUGGCCAAAAGGGUUAACAAUUACAUUCAUAAAAUCAAAAAUGUUGCAAAGCAAAAGCAUCUCAACAAAAAAUUUACUGAACAAAUAUUGAGCUUUAUGAAGUGAGCCUGUUUAGCUUGAUUAUUCUAAGAAUAAGGCGGGCUAUACUUCCUGCCCCAGCAUGGGCAGCCGCUACUUCGGAGUACAACACCUAAACUUUUUAUUCAAUUUACUUCAUACUUAACACAGUUGUUUAGGACCACACAAGUAGGUUAGACAUCACUCCAUAUCAUCCUAAAUACAAGGUAUCGUCCCAUUAGAGCAAAAAGGUACCAAGUGACAUUUUGCAAGUUUUGAGAAAAACGGCUUUAAAGGUUUGAACCUGCAUAUAAAAU